AUGAAUCACCCAGCCGCCUACACGCCCCUCGAGUCGCUCUUCCUAUUCCAGUCGUUACUGACGCACGGCGUCGACGCAGAUGCGUUUGCUCGCAUCUCAGAGUCCCUCAGGGGCAAUGCGCUCGUCAAGAGCGACAAGUCGUUUGACCCGGCGCGCCUAGCACCGGACGCGUUGCAGGAGCUGUUCCUGCUGCUGCUGCGGGACGUGGCCAGGAGCGAAGCAGAGCCUGGGAAUCCGAAUCCGAACCCGAGCCCGAGUCCGAACCCGAGCCCGAGUCCGAACCCGAGUCCGCCUGCGGCCAGGGUCAACGCGGCAGCGGCAGCGGCAGCGGCAGCAGGCGUCGGCGCUCCCUCGACGGACGGGCCGACCACCCCGGUGCCGGUGUCGCGAAAGAGGAAGCUGGCGAGCCCGCCGCCGCCGUCGCUCAGAGAUGCCCACGAGCACGUCGACAAGGUCCCCCUUUUGGUGGAUCGGCUCUACGCGCGGUAUCGGGACACGGUUGUCAGGCAGAUCAGGGAGGAUGAGCGGCGGUUCGCCACGUUGCAGAAGGAGAUUCAGUUGCUGGAAAAGGUCGAGCGGGACCGGCUGGCCAACAAGGCUGCUGCUGCUGCUGCUGCUGCGGCGGCGGCGGCGGCGGCGGCGGCUGGCCAGGGUCAAAACGGCUCGCCGUUGCUUGCUCCGGACGCCAGGCCGGGCUUGACGGGAAAUGCUGUCGGUCAGUCGCCGACUCCGAUCCGAGUCCCGGCUGCAGAGCAAGUUGGUCCCGUUAGGAGAGGACCUCCGACGGCGCCCACGCCGGUUUAUCCGCCGCCGAGACCGCCGGUAGCCGCCGCCGCCGCCGCGGCGCCCUCGCCCGUCACUGCCCCGGCUCACCUGGUGCCCGGGCCGUCGUUUGCGAACCCGCCUGCGUCGCCAAAGGCGCACAAGGCGCAAAAAGCAGCCUCGGGUUCUGUCCUUCAACCGCCGGCGGGUAUGCCCGAGCCGGCUUCCAAGGUUCUGCAGCCGCCUGCGCAGUCGUCGAAGCCGGCAGUCGCGUCUCAUCCUGAUCCUGCUGUCGCCAUCAAACCAAAGGACGUCGCGACCGCACCACCGCUGCCCAGCACGAGCGGGAACCUGAAGUGGGAGAAACCUUAUCAACCACCGCCGACCCAAGGACCCGGGGUGGUGUCGGGGCCCGGGCCGGCGCAGCCUCAGCCUCAGCCUCAGCCUGUUGCCGCGGCGAAUCUCGGGGCUGUCCCCCCAAAGGCCGCGGCACUGCAGCCGAACCCGCAGAAACCGCAGCACGCCGGCCAGGCAUCAAACUCGGCGGGCCAGGCCCGGCCGACUGCAGGAAACCCCGUUCUGGUGGCCCCCCAGAAUGCCGGUCAGCUCUCUACUCCCCUACAGGCAGCUCCGCCACGACCUGCCGGGAACGCCGCGUCUCCAGGGCCGCAGCAGCAGCAGCAGCAGCCUCGAACCAUCUCCUCCACUCCUAUUGCUCCUCCAGGACGACCUAUCCAGCCACAGCAACCCUUGCCAAACAAGCUUGUGCCGCGCUCAACCGUAGCCGCUCAGAAAACUCCGCAGAAAGUCGCCUCGGGGCCUGCCGCACCAACCCAGAGGCGGACACCGGCUCAGACACUCGCACAACAGGCGCACCAGCGACAGACCCCCUCUGCCUCACCCUCGACUUCUCACAGGGAAAAGCCAUACUCUUCGCCCUACAACUCUCAACCACCAAGACCAGCUAUACCGGAACACAUCAUUCGCCAAGCAGCGGCAACGGCGGCGGCGGCGGCGGCGGCGGCAAACUCUACUCCCGGCUCCAGAAAAAUCAGCCCGGUCACGGCGGCUGUUUCCCAGACUCCGGGAGCAACGACUCCGAUCGCCCUGACACGCGGCUUCGGCACCAAAUGGGCAUCUCACUCUACUCCCUCCACUCCGCGUCCCGUUGCAGCCGAGCCAGAGAGCCCGGCUUACGAGCCCGUCAGCCCACCGCCUCGCGACGCGUCAAUCGUCUCGGACACGCCCAAGUCGGGGGCAAGGAGAGAUGCGACGGGCCCGGCCAAGAAGGAAGUCGCGGCGCCAAAGCCGAGGGGUCGACCUGGUCGGCCGCCUCUCCAUCGAGCCCGUCGGGUGAGCGCGACCCCGUCCGUGAGCGGAACAAGGCGCAGCCAAUCGGUGAUGUCGCAGGCCGACGAGCUCUCCAUGGACCACCCCCCCCCGCCUAUGGUAACCAAGAUCAAGCACGAGGUUCUCACGCCGCGCCGAGCCGAGGAAACCGGCGACACCACCGCGGACGAAAGCUUCCCCGGGCGGAGCAACAACGCGGCCACGCCGAGCAGCGUCCCGCGGCUCGCGAAGCGGAAGCGACAAGACACGCCCCCGCCGGCGCCGUCUUCUUGCGCGCCCUCGUCGCAGGUCCUGUGGACCCGCGGCUUCACCAAGGUCUCCUCCUCGGCGCUGGACCAGAUCUCGAGCCACCGCGACGCCAACAUGUUCGCCACCGGCGUCCGCGAGCGAGACGCCCCGAACUACCGCCAGAUCGUCCUGCAGCCCCGGGACAUCACGUCCAUCCGCGCUGCCAUCAAGCAGGGCAACAAGGCGGCCCUCCAGGCGGCGGCCAACCUCCCCGGCGGCGACCCCGGCACCGCCAGCGUCUGGCUGCCCCUGUCGGAAGACCUCGUCCCCCCGCGGGGCAUCGUCAACUCGGCCCAGCUGGAGCGCGAGCUCGUCCACAUGUUCUGCAACGCCAUCAUGUACAACCCGGACCCGCACCGCGGGCCCGGCACCGCCUUCAUCAAGCGCAGCCAGGACGAGGAGGAGGAGGUGGUCGGGUACCGCGUCGACGAGAACGGCGUCGUCAAGAACACCCGCAGCAUGUUUGUCGAGGUCGAGAAGCUGCUGGGCGACCUGCGCAGCGCCGAGAAGCAGCGCGGCGCGCCGCCGCCCCCCGCGGCCGUCCGGCAGGCCGGCGCCGCCACGCCUGCAGACGACACGGCCGAGGAGGAGGACGAGCUGGCGGGCGACGGCAGCACGACCGUCAGCGUCGUCAAGCGGAGGCGCGUGUCGACGAGAAACUAG